AUGCCGAGACUCAUUCUCUCAGACGCAGACGAACACAGACUGAGACGGAAGGAGAACCUCACCGACAUCCGACGUCACCAGAGACGCUUCGUGGGGUUUUUGGUGGAUGGCUCCUUCAACAAACUCGUUGAAUUUGCAAUGGAAAACCCAAAAUGGGGGUUCGAAGUCCGCAGCGACGAAGCUCAUUGUGCGACAGAGUCCGAGGCGGAGCAGAAAGCAGCAGAAAUGCAGCCGGAAAAUAGUCAAGUGCAGGCAGAAAAUGAAGUCAUGCCCUUUCCAAAACCCACCAGGAUCAAAUUGGCGUAG